CACAAGGAAGCUCUAGAGAGGAAGUUUGAAGUUGUGUCUGAGGGAAUUGCUAAGCCAGGAGAGCAGACCCUCCUCAAUGAUGUCUUUACACACGUGUGGAUAACUGAGGGCAGCUGUGGUAAGGUGAAUCAUGGACAUGAGGUCAUGCAGGUAGAAACCGUCUCCAAAAGUACAAAAUCAGAGACCCAUUCCAUCAAGUGCUGCGAUAUUUUCAAGCCACUGCCAGGACAGACCAGACCAAUCAGGACUGUACUGAUGAAGGGACUUGCUGGCAUCGGGAAAACAUUCUCUGUGCAGAAAUUAAUUCUCGACUGGGCUACUGGAAAAGACAACCAGGACUUUGACUUUAUAUUUUUUCUUCCAUUCCGUGAAUUAAACUUGAUCACAUCAGAAAUGAGUUUACAGGAACUGGUUCAGUGUUUCUGUCCAGAGAUAAAAUCCUCUAAUGUUUUAGAUUACUGUAAAGUCCUUUUUAUCUUUGAUGGUCUGGAUGAAAGCAGACAUCCUUUGAACUUUCAAACAAACCAGAUCUGGUCUGAUGUGAAAAAGCAAACUUCAGUGGACCUGUUAAAUUCAGCCUUGUUUCGGGAAAAGGUGUACUGCUUUUUACACCUGACUGUCCAGGAGUAUUUUGCAGCUCUGCAUGUUUUUGGUUCCUAUCAAAACUUUGAUAUUAACCCACUACAGAAAACAAUUUGUUUUUUUUCCUGGUUGAAACGAUUCCUUUAUCCAUCUAUUAUUCCAUUGUUCAGUCUGAAUAAAGGUGCUCUAGAAAGAGCCAUCCAAAGCAGAACUGGUCACCUUGAUCUAUUUGUCCGAUUCCUUUUGGGGAUGGGAAUGGAAAACAACCAGGAGCUUCUGAAGGGAUUCCUGUCAGGCACAAAAGAUCACUCCAGUGACAUCCAGGAAACAGCAGGAUACAUCAAGGAGCUCAUUAGAGAAACUUCCUCUCCUGAAAGAUGCUUCAACCUUUUCCACUGCCUGAGUGAACUGAAGGACAAGUCUUUAAUGGAUGAGUUCAAUGUGACUCUGGAUAAAGUAAAACGUUCAGGACAAAGUCUCUCACCUUCCCAGUGUUCAGCACUCGCCUAUUUCUCACUGCUGUCUGAGAAAGAGAUUGAUGUCUUCAACAUGAGUGAAUAUGCUACAUCAGAGGAAUGUGUACGGAGAUUGCUACCUGUGGCAAAGAUAACAAAAACCCUUAGGUAAGUACCCCAGAUUUACUUCACAUGCAAGGUAAGA